ACACACUCUUGUACAAAUAGUCUGCUGGGAUUUUUAAUGUCCACCCUAAAUGGUGCCAAUAGAACCUUGGUGCAAUAUUGCGUUCAUUAAACCCCGCUGCAGGUUAUGCAACCAAUCUUUGGAAUAAGACAGAAACCCUCAAUUUUUUCCUUUCAUUAAUAAGUGCUGCCAACAAGAAUCCCGCUGAAGAAUAACCUGGUCAGUUCCAUAAUCACUCUUUAUUACUGAAGGCACCCAACAGGAUCCCGCUGAAGAAUAACCUGCUUUAAUUUUGGCGUCAGACACCAGCACUGUGCUAAAAUGAUUAACCGUAUUCCAGUUGCAUUGAUUGCCUGCGGCUCCUUCAACCCUAUCACAAAUAUGCACAUGCGAAUGUUUGAACUUGCUAGAGAUCAUCUUCAUCAAACAGUUUUAUUUGCAGGACUGUAUGAAGUUAUCAAGGGUAUCAUUUCCCCAGUUAAUGACAGAUAUGGGAAAAAAGGACUAGUGACAGCAAAGCAUCGUGUUGCAAUGGUUCAACGUGCUCUGGAGACCUCAGACUGGAUUACCCAGGACCCUUGGGAGAGUCAGCAGGAACAAUGGGUGGAGACUGUAAUGGUGCUGAGGCACCAUUACAAUGUGUUGUUUCAUCAAUAUCACACUAAGAAUGGAACGUCUCCAGAAAGCUCCAAAGCUCUAAAACAGGCGGAUUUGUCCAAUGCUCAGUCAGUUGCACCAAGGCUAAAAUUACUUUGUGGAGCGGAUGUUUUGAAAACCUUCAACAAUCCCAAUCUGUGGAAGGAUGAACACAUUGAGGAAAUAGUUCAGAAAUUUGGACUGGUUUGUAUUAGCCGUGGGGAUGUGCAUCCACAGAGGUUUAUUUAUGAAUCAGAUAUUCUCUUUAAACAUAGGCACAAUAUCCAUGUGGUGAGGGAGUGGAUACUGAAUGAUUUAAGUGCUACUCACAUUCGACGUGCAUUGCGUAGAGGACAAAGUGUGAAAUAUCUACUCCCAGAAAGUGUCAUUGACUACAUCCAGCAACACAAUAUAUACACUGCAGAAAGUGAACUGCAGAAUAUUAACGAGAUCCUGCAGCCAUUAAAAGCUCAGCACAGUAUGAUAAAUGUGCUAAAUGAUUAAAGUAUAAUUGAUAAUUUAGUUUGUCGGAGCCAACAAAUGUUUUGUAACUUGCAAUGAAAAAUGCUGUUUGAAAAUGUCAUGAUGGUGUGGAAGAAAUUAGUUCACAUUUUAACUGUAUUU